AUGUCAGAUGGUAAACAUAUACCUCUCUUAUUUCGGAAUGUCAAUGUUUUGACUGUUCAAACACGAUUAAUAAAUGCCAUGUGCGAUACUUUAUGUAUUCUGGGUAUUACUGGAAAUCUAUUAGGACUUCUUACUUUUGUUUCAUCACGUCGUUCUUGGCAUAUUUCAUCUGUUUAUGUUUGUUUAGCAACUUCUAGUUCAAUAACAAAUCUUCUUUGUUUAAUAAGAUAUGCUACUAUUCUUCAUACAACAUCAAGACAUAUUUUACAUGAAUUAGUUGGACAUAGUUGGUGGGCUUGUAAACUCUAUGAGUUUUCCUUUUGUUUUCGAGUUAUUUCAGCAUGGAUAACAUUAUUUUGGAUGUUUGAACGUUUAAUAUGUGUUUCAAAAAAAUUACAAUCAUUUUUUGAUCGAUGGAAUCUAUACAAAUAUAAAUAUAUUAUUCCAAUAAUGAUAGUAAUUAUAAUUAUUGGUUGUGCUGUUGGACCGUCUGUUUACAUGUUUCAACCACAAAUAAGAAUUAAUCAAGCAAUACGAAUGACUACUAAUAGUACAAAGAGAUAUUGUGGACUUCAUCCAAAUGCAUCGACUAAAUGGCGUCAAUUUUUCCAUGAAGUUCGUUUUGGUAAAAAUCAUUAUACAAUACGUUGUCUCUUCUCUGAAUUGAUUCCAACAGCAACAAUUAUUUUAUUUAAUGGUUGUAUAAUUCUUCAUCUUAUGAAAACCUAUCGACGUUUACAUCGGGCAUAUGGUUGUGAACCACGUCGAAAACAAUCACGAACAACAUCAUGGAUGAAUAUUGUUCUUAUUCUUCAUUCGAGUCUUUUUCUUUCAUCACUUUUUGCUCAUAUUCUUGGACAUUUUAUGACCAUCGAAGCACAUGAAACAUGGUGGGUUUCAUUAGCAAUUUUGAUCAAUUGUUCAUUAAAUUUUUAUAUUUAUUGUUUAUCCGGUAAAGCAUUUCGCAAUGAAAUUCGUCGAUUUAUUCAUCGAUUUGAAAAAUAA